AUGAGCACUACAGACACACCCAGUCCUUCACCUGAGUUCCAAUCUGGACAAGAUCAAGUCUGCAUCCCUGUGAUGUCUGUACCACUCUUACUUCUGGCUGCAUCAACCGUAAUCCUGACAGUUAUACUCAUCAGUUGGUUUUACAGGUCAUUAAGAAUUAAUAAAAAGAAUUCUGACCUCCAUGUCCUUAUAACAGGAUGUGAUACAGGAUUUGGAAACAGGUGUGCCCGAAGACUGGACCAGCUAGGGUUUCAUGUCUUUGCUGCAUGUCUUACGGCAGAAAAAGUCCAAGAGUUGACAGAAUCCUGCUCUGAGAAUCUGCUAGCCCUGCAAAUGGAUGUUACAGAUGAGGCCAGUAUACUAGAGGCUUUGAAAACUGUCAAGAAACAUUUACCUCAAGAUAAAGGCUUAUGGGCUGUCAUAAAUAAUGCUGGAAUAAUGGGAGCACCUGUUGUUUGUGAGUGGCUGAAUAAAUCUGAUUACCAGGCAACAAUUGGAGUCAACUUCCUAGGAAUGAUGUCUGUAACAAACGCUUUUCUUCCUCUGGUGAGGAAAGAAAGAGGCCGCAUUGUCAACAUGGGAAGUACCGCUGGCCGCCUGGCAAUAUUACCAGCUUCAUACUCGGUAUCCAAGUUUUGUGUGGAAGCAUAUUCUGAUUGUCUUCGUCGGGAGGUAUCAGUGAUGGGAGUCAGCGUUCACAUCAUUGAGCCUGGGGGAUACCAGACUAAUAUAACAAAUGCCGACCUUCAUGUGAGCUCUAUCAGUAAAAGAUUCAGUGAGUUGGACAGUGAGGUCCAGACAUUUUAUGGAGAAACGUACAAAAAGAAGUUGAUGGACACAAUCUCGCUCUCAUGCAAAAUUCUGUCAACCAGCAACAUCGAUGAAGUUGUUGAUGCCUACAUUCAUGCAGUCACAGCCAGAUUCCCCAAGAUAAGAUAUGUUGUGGGCCUCAAUGGAAACCUGGUCUUCAGGCCCCUGUGGACUCUUCCCACCUGGCUUGUUGACUUUGCUAUAACUCUCGCUGUUCCAAAACCAGAAGGGCUGAAAUCUGCUUCAUGA